AUGGAUAAAAGCCAAGUCUUAAAUAUCAACCCUGUCUUUAAACAAUUAUUCGACAAAUGCAAUAUUGAUCUUAACCGUUUAGACAAAAAAUUCAAUGAAAAACCUUCUCCAACUCCAUCUCAAACCCAAAAAACACCUAUUUUCAGUGAUUUUAAGAGAUCUUCUCCAAUAAAUUUUUCAGCUUCCAAAUCCCAAAUCCAAAGAGAUAGCAACCAUAUAUGAUUCAAGCCAGAAGUCCUCGUCUCAAUUAAAGAAACAAUUAGCACUGCAUUCACUCCAUAUCCAAAGAUAGAAAAUUUUGAUGAAGCUGAAUCUUCAAACGAAUAUAUAGUUCGUAAUAAAACGAAAGAAGAAAAAAUCCGAAGGCCAAAGUUAAGAUUUAAAGAAACUUACCAAGAUAAUGACGAUAUGCUAAAAGAAAUGAAAAAUACAGAAUCAUAUAAAGAAUUAAUUAACUAUCGAUCUGGAGACUUAAAAAAGAAAAAGUUCUAUAUACAAGGAUUCGAAGACCAAAGCAUAACUCCCUUACUUGAUGAGCAAACAAAAACAUUAGAUAAAUUCCUAUUUUUGGGAAAAUAGAUUAUUAGAAAGCAUAUUUUUAUAAAUUUGAAUAAUAUGAUUUAUGCUUAAUGAUUUCUGUUAUUUAAUCUCUUGCUAAUUCUAUAAAUAUAGGUAGAAUACUCCUAAAAUAAUUUUAUAAAUUAAUUUAGAUUCUUCUUUCAAAUUUUAGAUGCCUUAGAAUCCGAAAAAAAUUAAAUCUGCACUUUACCAAACAAAAAUCUACACCGUGCUAUUUGAUUGGAGUAUUUUGGUAGUAUGGCAUUUUCUCUGGCACUCUUAGCCGAAUUUUUUUUUCAUCGGGAAAAAUUUGAUAUGCAUGGUUUGACAGUGGGUAAAAACGCCUUUUUUGUAAGGGUUUCCUCACAAAAAUGGAUGCUUACCAAUAUAGCCUAUGAACGCUAUAGCUUGCCUUGGCGAGGGCUCUCCGCAACAACUUGGAGCUCUGACAAGCCACCUAAAGGUGACACAAAUCAACUCCAAGUUGGCAAAUCCUUGCAAAAGGACACACUUUUGUAAACUUGGAGUUGACUUGUCACCUUUAGGUGCUCCAAGUUGCUGCGGAGAACCCUCGCCAAGGCAAGCUAUAGCGGUUCAGACGCUAUAGAAUUUUAUCUGUCUUUUGCCUAGGAAAUGUCACAUUAGGAAAAAGUUACGACCAAAAGUCCAAUUUGAGGAAAAGUUUCUAUAAAUAACUGUCAAUAAGAUCUUACUCGUUAGCAAGGAGAGGGGAGUAAGCAAUCUUGAACCCAAAACUAUGCCCGCUACAAAUUUAGCUUUUUCUGAUUACUGCUCUUUACAGGUUUCUAAAGAAUCUGUUAUUAAAUAUAGAAAACUUCCACAAAGGACCGAAAUAUCUCAUAAAAGUAAAAAAACCAAAAAAUACCACAGAGAAGCUUCUCUGCCAAUUCAUAAAAUUUUCCACUCUCUAGGGCUAAAUAAAUUAAGUAAAGCCUUACAAAAGGACACUAGAAGUACAAGUGAAAUUAGAUACAAUUUUUUACCAAGAAAUAAUAAAUCCUUGUAUGAUGUAAAUAAAAGUUAUGAUUAUAUUAUUGACAAUUGUACAAAAGAAAGCAACUUAAAUAAAUCUUUAUUAAAAGAAUUUAAGCAAGAUAGUGAAUUUUUACUUAAUCCCGUUAAAAUAUUUGUGCUUUAUGAUUCAACUGUCUAAAUUCUCGAGACUUCAUAAUUUUUAAUAUAAGUGUGGAAUUAAUAAUUAUGGCAUGUGAGAAAGCAGUUUAAAUUCUAAGAUUUCAUUGUAAUAAUCAUUAUUUAACAUCAAAAUAUAUAUAUAGCAGGGUGGGAAUUAGGAAAUUUAGAAAAAUGAACCAAGAAGACUUAACUCCCCCCUCUGUGGGCGAACAAAAAAUUUUGUUCGUUCACGAAGGGGGUUAAUUUUUUUUUUAAAAUUAUAUAUAAAUUUUAUCGUAAAUUUUUUCAUAAAUUAAAAUUAAUUAAAUUUGUAAAAUUUAUGUUUUAAAAUGCAAUUUGAUUAAAAUUAAGCAGAAUUAGCUAGAGAUUUCAUUAUAUCUAAUAAUCAUUUAUAUAUCAAUUUUUUUUCAUCAAAAAGUUUAUAUAUCAAAAAAAAUUUUUUUCGCUCGCUCGGAGGUGGGUUUUUGGACUAAAAAUAGGGAUUUUCCGGUUUUGUAGUAAGUGAAAAAAUCAAGCUAAAAUCUUCAGAAAAAGAAGAACUGGAGAAAUACAAAGUAAAGCUGAAUGAAAUGACUAAAACUCAAAUGCUGGCGUUUAAAACAAUAAAUCAGAGAAGACAAUCAAAAUGCAUUUCUGGUGAUAAGUUAUUAGAGCAUCUGUAA